AUGUAUAAAGAACUUGAGGUUUCGAGUGACAUCCCUGAAUCCAAGCUACAUCGUGCUUUCAAAAAUGGAGUGCUCACACUAUCUGCUACUCAUUUGAAGGGUAAAGGUGCUACUCUUCAUUUACAUCCUGAAUCGUAUGCGAGAGCUCUUAAAGCUCGCAAAGCCGGAAAAGGUACACGCCUUCAAAUCACUCGCAAAGAGAUUGGUUAUCCAUUCAAGCAUUUGAAUGGAGGUGGAAUUCACGGCGGAUCUAUUUGGGGUAAGAUAUGGGGCGGAAUCAAAAAAGCAUUUAAUUGGGCCAAGGAUUCAGGAGUCCUUAGCAAAGCCGCUGACGCUUUAGCGGUUACAGCAACACCGUAUGUUGGAGGUCCUGGGAAUGCAGCGAUGGGGAGAUCAGCACUGAAAAGUCUAACUGGUAUUGGAGUUGAUGCUGAAGGUGGCAAAAUCCAACUUAAAGAUGUAAAGAAACGCGGAAAGCAGGCCGUCAAAUACAUGAAAGAUAAGGGAAUCCUUACUGAUAUCGCUGAUCAAGCUGAAAAAUAUCUAUUAAGCAAAGCAACUAAGCCUGAACAUGAAGAUGUAAAUCGUACUGUGCGUGGCGAAGUGAAGAAGCGAUAUGGAGUUGGCUUGAAGGGAACGGAACAAUCCAAGCAGCGCAUGGCUCUUGUCCGCGCUGCCCGCGGGAAAAAAGGCGGUUCAUUCACUCUUGGCUAG